AUGAAGCGCGAAGACUCCACCCCCCCGGCGUCCGAGCCAAUGUCCGUCGCACUGGAGGUGGAGCCAGCGAAGGCGCCGCGGCGCAUCACCCGGGUGGUCUCGGAGAAGUCGCUCUCGGACUCGAUCUUGCCAUUCUUGCGAGCGAGGGCCAAUCACGAGCACUGGUCCAAGACCGCCCCACCGCCAUGGAUCUCCAGCGCUCAGUUGAAGGUCAAGAUGGCGCCGGUUUUGGCGGAGGAGUCGGAUGAAGAGACGCCCGGCCCUGUGGCCAGCGCUUCGGACAGUCGCCUUCUUGGGCUCCGGGGUGGACCAAGUGAGUCGCUCCAGAAGCUGUUGGGCACGCGUCCGAAUUCCGAUACCGUCCUGGCGCACCCUCGCGUGCGGGCGAUGCUGGAGCAGGAAGAACCUGCCCCAAGGGCGCAGAAGAAGGAGCGGAUGCAAUUGAGCGAGCUCACACCAGCAGCAUACUAUGAGGGACAGAUCAUCAAGGUCAUCGGAUCAGGCAUUCUCGUCGACGUGCAGGCGAUUAUGCCUGGCUUGGUCCGCUGGAAGACCCUCCGCGGUGUGCCGAGGAAGCUCCUGAAACAGGGGGGCUCCUUGGCCAACCUCCGCGUGCGGAAGGUGGAUGUGGAUGCACAGAAGUUGUGCUUGACUUUGCAUGGCGUGGGCUUCGGCAACGACACGGUGGAGGAGCGCGACUACGAGGCCAUCAAGUGCCGAGUCUCCUCCUGGGCCGUCGCACCGGAGGAAUUCGAGGCGCAGGCCACCGCGCAAGACGUGAAAGAGGUGCAGCAGGCCUUUUGGGGCCGGGGAGGCGAAAGCGAAAGCGCCGCCGGGUUUGGCGGCGGCUUCGGCGUGCGGCUUCACCGGGCGGAUGGGGAAGUGCGGUCCCCGGAAAACUGCACGGGAACCGCUUACGAGGGCUCCUUGAAGCCCAUUUGGUUUCGCUCGCUACCCCUGGAAAGCCGCUGGAGUACAUCGGACAAGAUGCGCAGGGCUGGACGGAUCAAAGGCGCCUACUUGAAGGGCGCGGAUUCCAAGAACGCCUACGUGGUAGUGGACUCUGCCCCUGACGUGGGCCUGGUGGCGAAGGUGUUGAAUAACUUUCAGGUCGAUAACAACCACACGCUGAGAGCCGACGGGGUGGGCGAGGCGUCGGUCCUCACCAAGUUCGACAGGAAGCGCAGCGUUCAUCUGGGGGGCUUGCCCCAUCGCGUCACAGAGGCCGACAUCCGCUGGGUGUUGUCUGAUGCGGGCGAAGUAGAUGCAGUGCGGAUCGUGCGGAAUAAGAUCACCCAGGAGAAUCAGGGCUUCGCCUUCGCACGCUUUACGAGCCGUGCGAGCGUCAAGGCGGCGCUCAACCUUUGGCGUCCCAACAUCCGGGGGAAGGAGGUCUGGAUCUCGCGGGUCGAAGACGAGAGCUCCCAAGACUCCUGGAAUAGCUGGCAGCAGCCGGCUGCUCCACACCCGGCCACCAAGAGGAUGGAGCAGAAGCGACAGCAGCGGCUGCGCCAGAAGGUGCGGAAGCGCAAGGACUUUGACACCAGCGCAAAGGCCGCUGGGCUCAGGACGGGGAAGAAGAAAAUCUCCCGGAAGAAGAAGCUGAAAGAGGUGAAAAAGAAGAAGAAGGUCAAGACCUGA